AUGGAUGAAGAUCUGGGGAGAUGUAUUAGAUCUUGGGCUAAAAAAUGGAUCCAAAAUAGAACAUUACCUGAAUCAAAAAGAGGGAAACACCCAAAAACGAAAAGCCUUUGGAAUCAUGAAGAUGUUGCUGCUCAAAUAAGGAGUUAUGCACGAUCUAAUAAAGUUGAAAUGACACCAAAAAAAUUAUGUGAACAUGAGUAG